AUGGCUGUGUUGGGCCCCGUUUGCCAACCCCUCUCCCAUCUCCUCUUCCUCCUCCUCCUCCUCGUCCCCUGGAGUUGUUCGGGGGCUGAGCCGGCCCACCCUGAGCAGGUCCACCUGUCCUUCCAAGGUGAGCCGGGUUCCAUGACGGUGACGUGGACCACGUGGGUGGCGGCGGCCUCGGAGGUGCAGUUCGGCCAAGCGCCCGGGGAGAUCCUGCCCCUGCGGGCCCAGGGCACCUCCAGCCCUUUUGUGGACGGCGGGAUCCUGCGCCGGACACUGUACAUGCACCGCGUCCUCCUGCGGGGCCUGACGCCCGGCGUCCGCUACGUGUACCGCUGCGGGAGCAACCAGGGCUGGAGUCGACGCUUCCGGUUUGUGGCGCUGAGGCCCGGGCCGGACUGGAGUCCCCGGCUGGCCGUGUUCGGGGACAUGGGGGCCGACAACGCCCAGGCGCUGCCCAGGCUACACAGGGAUGCCCAGCGCGGGCUGUACGACGCCGUGCUGCAUGUAGGAGACUUUGCCUACAACAUGGACCAAGACAACGCGCAGGUGGGAGACAGAUUCAUGCGGCUCAUCGAACCCGUGGCCGCCACGCUGCCGUACAUGACGUGCCCCGGGAACCACGAGGAGAACUACAACUUCUCCAACUACAGGGCCCGGUUCAACAUGCCCGGGGACACGGAAGGGCUCUGGUACAGCUGGGACCUGGGGCCUGCCCACAUCAUCUCCUUCUCCACGGAGGUUUACUUCUUCCUCCACUACGGCCGCCACCUGGUCCAAAAGCAGUUUCGCUGGCUGGAGAGGGACCUGCAGAAAGCCAACGAGAACCGGGCGCAGCGUCCGUGGCUGCUCACCAUGGGCCACCGGCCCAUGUACUGCUCCAACGCGGACCUGGAUGACUGCACGCGGCACGAGAGCAAGGUCCGCAGAGGCCUCUUCGGCCAGCGCUAUGGCUUGGAGAAACUUUUCUACAAAUACGGGGUGGACCUGGAGCUGUGGGCUCACGAACACUCCUAUGAGCGGCUCUGGCCCAUCUACGACUACAAGGUGUACAACGGCAGUCGAGAAGCUCCGUACACCCACCCCCACGGCCCCGUCCACAUCAUCACCGGAUCCGCCGGCUGUGAGGAGCUGCUGACGCCGUUCGUCCCGAACCCGCGGCCUUGGAGUGCGGUGCGCGUGAAGGAGUACGGCUACACCCGCCUCCACAUCCUCAACGGCACCCACCUCCACCUUCAGCAGGUGUCUGACGACCAGGACGGGAAGAUCGUGGAUGACGUGUGGGUGGUCCGACCCCGGUACGGCCGCAGGACCUAUUUCUAG